AUGGCGGACAGCUACACUUCCGACAGCGAUCAGACAACACGUACGCUCUUGCAGCGGGUGCUGGAUACAGCGGAUUUACGCACUCCGAGGCGACGACGCCGGAGCGCUCAGACUAAACACAGUACACAGAGAACUCUGCUUCAGACACCUUCCUCCAAGAGGCAGAAUAGCCAGACAAAGACAAGCGCCAGAAGGCAUUCCCAUGGAGCUAGGUCAGGUGGCAGAUUGGCGCGUGUUCAAGCUCGUGGACACCUGGAAGAACCGACACCCCGGACUCUGCUGAAGAAUAUCUUACUGACUGCCCCAGAAUCUUCCAUCGUGAUGCCGGACUCAGUGGUGAAGCCAGUACAAGUACCCGAGGUGCUCCGGCGGUCUUCCAGACGGAAGAGCAGCUGGAGCAGCCUGGAACUACAACUUCCUGAACUGGAGCCCUCCUCAACCCUGGCUCCAGGUCUAAUGGCCCCUGGCAAAAGCAAGCAGAAGCUAAGAUUGUCAGUAUUUCAACGGGAAGUGAGCCAAGGGUUGCCUCUCUCCCAAGCCCUGACAGAGCCACCUGGGAAUGCUGAUGACUCGUCUUUGACCAGCUCCUUCAGCUUUGUCCCACCCGUUCAGCCACAGUCAGUGGAGAGGCCUGGUCUGGCUCGCCGACGUCCCAUGCGCCGACCUCUGGAUGUCCAUGCUCUUUUGCAGGAUCUGGAAGAUAAUUCCUCGACCUCAGCUCUUCCAGGUGACAACUGUAGAACCCCUGUUGCUACUCUGCCAACGGAUGUACUGUUGGAAGACACCCAGCCUUUCUCACAGCCCGUGGCUGGCUCUUCCCUUAGCAUGCACCACUCUCUGCCCAACCCUUCUCACACUGGGGCUGAAGAUGCUCAAAGAGCAGGCUCCAGGACACGAAGCACUGGGCCUAGGCUGCAGAGCCACAUGAACAGAACUAGCAUGGACACUACUCCUUUGCCCUUCUCGGAGCCUCAGCCUCAGCCUCUAGAACUAAGAGAAGCAGUGGGAUCCCAGGAGGCUGUGGAGGCCAAGGUUCAAGAAGGAUCUUCAGGGGAUGAGGAUACUUUUGGCAGGCCAGCAAGUCCAGAAUUAGCCUUCACCACUCAUGACUUACUCCCAGAGGAACAGCCACAUCAGUUUCUUGAGCCACCCCUACCUCCUGGAGCUGCAGCCUUAUCUUCAGAGCCGCUGGAGCCUAUGCCAGCCAAGCUUCCAAUUAGGACUGGAACUGCAGGUCCUAGGCACCGUCCAGACCCCUACAAGGCCGGACUGAGCCACUAUAUGAAACUCUUCAGUUUUUAUACUAAGAUGCCUGUGGAGAAGAAGGCUCUUGAGUUGGUGGAAAAGUGCCUAGACAAGUAUUUCCAGCACCUUUACAACGACCUGGAGGCAUUUGCUGCUCAUGCCGGCCGUAAGACUGUGAAACCAGAGGAUUUGGAGCUGCUGAUGCGACGGCAGGGACUGGUCACAGAUCAGGUCUCACUACACGUGCUUGUGGAGCGUUACCUGCCCUUGGAGUACCGCAAGCUCCUCAUCCCCUGUGCAUUCAGUGGCAAUUCCGUCUUUCCUGCCCAGUAGUGGCCAGGCCUUAACACUUGCCCUAUUCUUACCUUGGACAUCUUGAACCCCACAAUCGUCGAGGUCUCCUUCUCCUCUCCUACUACCAAUAAAGUCUC